AUGUAUUCGAUUUGCAGGCGCAUUAUUUUCUUAGAGACUGUUGCUGGCGUUCCUGGAAUGGUUGCAGCAAUGACUCGUCAUCUGCAUUCAUUGCGUAGGAUGCGACGAGACUAUGGAUGGAUCCAUACAUUGCUUGAGGAGGCAGAAAAUGAAAGGAUGCAUCUUUUAACUGCAUUACAUCUUAAAAGACCUGGCCCAUUUUUCAGAGCGUGCGUAAUUUUAGGUCAAGGUAUUUUUGUGAACUUCUUCAUCCUUUCCUAUCUCAUAAGUCCCAGAUUUUGCCAUCGUUUUGUUGGUUACCUUGAAGAAGAAGCUGUAAUAACCUAUACCAAGUGUCUCAAUCAAAUUGACCGAGGAUAUUUACCUAUGUGGGCCAAGAUGGAUGCCCCAGAUAUCGCAAGAACUUAUUGGCAACUCAAGCCUGAUGCCAAAAUGCGUGAUGUUAUCUUGGCCAUACGAGCAGAUGAAGCACAUCAUCGACUAGUUAAUCAUACAUUGGCCUCAAUAAACCCCGAGCAAAAAAAUCCUUACAAGCCAGGCGAAUAG